AUGCCCAUGCAAAGAGCGUUACUCAAGGCUUACCUAUGGGUUUUACUGAUAAUAACAUUUCUGCCGAAUUGUCAUGCAAUUGAUUCUUGGGCACAACCGUCCGGUCAGAGGAGGACGGCUAUACGAUCGCAAAGAGACAUGCUUGCAAAUGUAACCAUUGAUGAAAUACCUAUAGUAGGGGUAGACCUUCGGCAUGUUCUGUUUAGCGAUAAUUUUACCUCCUCAUCAAACUUAAACACUAAUCAAACAAAUACGAUUUAUAUGAACAACCUUUCCGAUCUAUUGACCGCAGGAGUUCAAGGUCUCGUACUAGACAUUGAGCCAAAUCAUGGGUUUUGGGUUGUCACAAACACAACUUUGCUGUUAAGUACAUUUCUGGACACUUUAGAGAGUUUCCUUUUAUCAACAAAUGAUAAUUUGUCUGCUGACAUUAUAAUGUUGUUUCUACGACCUCCAGUAAAUUUAACAUUAAACAGCACGGUUUACCAUACGCAUCCUCAAUUAAAUUUAACAUAUAUACUGGACCAACAUUUAGGAAGUUCACGAAUAUAUUCACCAAGCAUCCUAGCAGCAGAUAGAGCAAUGGGCGAUGCCUGGGAUGCAUUUGGAGAAUCCAAGACAGACGGUUGGCCUACGCUAGGAACAUUUCUAUAUACCCGGAAAAAAAGAGUUCUCAUAACUGAUUUGUCCUCGAAAUCAAAUUCAACAAUAGAUUCACCCUAUAUUUUUCCAAAUACAAUUACUCAUUAUUCUUCUGGGAAUAUGACAUCUGAUUGUCCAAAUACUUUGAGCGCCUUAUCAUAUAUGUCAACAGUUAGUUUUCAAUUCUUGGAAGCUGUUUUUAAUGAAGAUGAUAUAUCUGAAUAUGUUUCAUGUGGAGUAUCGCCAAUUAUCUCCAACACUUACAAUGUAAAUUCACUUUCUAACAUCAAAACCUUAUUAGAUAAAACGGUGGUUUGGUCAUGGGGUGAAGAUGAACCAACAAUUUCGAAUACUAAGAUAACAAUUGUGAAGGAUACUUUAGAGGCCCUAAAUUGUGCACAAUUAUCCUUCUCUUCUGGCACCGAUUCAAUGACAUGGCAAGUAGCCAAUUGCUACGAUAAUAAGAGAGGUCUUUGUAGGUAUAAAGAUCAUAAAUAUGUUUGGAAAUUAACCAAGGAUGAUGAUAAUACUUAUUUCUCGUUUGAUGGUCGGGGGGAUUCCAAAUGUCCUGAUGAUUAUGUAUUUGCCAUUCCUCGGACACCGUUGGAAGAAAAGGCAGUAUUGUUGUAUUUUCGACAGCAAAAUAUUACUGAUAUUGAUGCCUGGAUAGAUUUGAACUCUAUUUCAGUUAGUAAUUGUUGGGUCACGGGAGGUCCCUACGCCUCAUGUCCCUAUCAGAAAGUUGUCUCAAGGAGAAAUUUUGUAACUAUGUUGCUUCCUGUGGUAAUUUGCUCGUUUGCAAUAUUGUGUAUUGUUCUGUAUUUGAGUAUUUUGCGUACUCCAAUUCAUGACAAUAGGAAAAACUGGAGGAGAAUAGUUAACAAAAUAUCAAAGGCGGAAUUUGAAGGUGUUCCCUCUUAA